AUGCACGAAGCGGCCAAGAAUCAUUAUCUCCACGCCGCGGCAGCGAGCAAUCUGGUAGCGAUGGAAACCCUUCGAAGGCAAGCCUUAGCGUCCCACCGAAGCCUGGAAGAGUUGAUAGGCAGAGAUACUCUCCUAUUUUUGAUGGACGGUUGGAAUCCGUUCUUAGUCAACCCCACGAGACCAGUUCGACCCCAACAACCGGGCCGACAGCAACCGUACCACAGAGCAGCAGCAGCUCAACCAGCGAGAGGUUUGAACGAGCAAGGUCCAGCCCAGAGGAAUCAGGGCAAUCAUCCUCGGAGACAAGGAAGGAUGGGGGGACGACCAAAUCAUCGCCGAGAAGUGUACUCGGAAAUGAUCCGAAUGUACAGAACCCUCCAAGGGACCUAUCAACAUCUGGACGAAGCCUCCAGAAUCAACCGAGGAAGGAACUGA